GGCGGAGAGUAGUUCCCUCAGCGUCGAGUGGAAGUCAGGAGAGGAGUUUCCCCGGCGUGCUCCGGGUUCUGUGCCCGCGGAGUCCUUUGCGGCCGGGGCAUCCUCGCCGUUGCCCGCCUUCCUGCUGGGCGCCGCGCGGCGGGUCUCGUUUGAAAAGAUGAGGCGGCGGCGGCGGCGGAGAAGCAGCUGACGGAGGGCGCCCUCUCUGCUCGGCGCUGAUGCCGCCCGCCAUGAGGGAAGCAGAAGGGGAAGGGAGAGCCGCCCGCCCGGCUCCCGAGGAGUUUCCCGGCGGCCUCCGGAGGAACGGCUUCGCCAAGGGGUGCGCGGCGGCGCUGCCCAGGACCCCCUCCCGGGGCUUCCUCUCGCUGCUCCCGGCCGCUUUCCGGUGGGGCGCCCUGGCGGCGGCGUCGGCGUCGGUGGCGGCGGCGUGGGCGCUGCUUCCGUGGGGGGAGCUGCUCCGGUGCCUGAGCCCGCUCUUCAGCCUGGGCAGCGCCUUCUUCCUCCUCUCCUGCUUCCUGGCCGGGGGCGAGGGGGGCGGAGGCGUCCCUUGGUGGCUCCUGGCGCUGCCCUGGUGCUGCUUCUCGGGGGACCUGGCUGCUGCCCUGCUUAGCCCCACGACCACGGAGCCCGGGACGGCGUGCGGGCGCCUCCUGGCCUCGCUGAGCGCCGUGGCCGGGCUGACUCUCUUCCAGCGCAGCCUCAGGCUCCGGCGCUGCCUCCUGCUGCUGCCCUUCUCCAGCCUCGCCUGGCUGCUCGCCCUCACCGGCUUGGCCCCGCUGGCCCCGGCCCUCAGGCCCCUCCUGGCCGCCCUCGCCGGCUCGGCUGGCUCCCUCCUGGCCCUGCUCCGAGGCCGAGGGCGGCUGGGCAGCCCUGCUCCCGACUCUGGCUGCUCCUGCUCCUGCUGCUGCUGCUGCUGCUUCUCCCCGGGCAAGGGCUCCCAGCUCCAGCCUUGCCACCCAGCCAGGACCCCCGGCAGCGAGGAGAAGGUGCCCGUCGUCCGCCCCAGGAGGAGGUCCAGCUGCGUCUCUCUGGGCGAGAACGGCGGAGGCGGCGGCGGCAAGGUGUCCGCCAGGAGACCCUCCUUGCCUUGCAUCUCCAAGGAGCAGAUGAUCCUUUGGGACUGGGAUUUAAAGCAGUGGUAUAAACCUCACUAUCAGGUUGCCAUCUCAUAUCUUCUCCCAGUUGAAGGGCAUGGUCCAAGAAGGGAGAGGAAAAUAGCAGAGAAUGUGUGCAAUGGGACUGGAAUUGAUCUUUCUGUACUAAAUGAGACUCGCAACAUGGUGUCUGAUCUCCUGAAUGAUCCAAUCCUUCCUCCACAUGUGAUCUCUUCACUUCGAAGUAUCAAUAGCUUAAUAAGUACUUUCUCAGGCUGUUGCAAACCAAAAAUUAACCCUUUUACUCCAUUUCCUGGGUUUUAUGCAUCCCCAGAAAUGGAAGACACAUCUGACAGAGGAGACCGUAAGCUGCACAAGACAAUGAACAGCCGAAAUAGUUUACCAACUCCACAGUUAAGGCGGAGUUCAGGAGCAUCAGGCUUACUGCCUAUUGAACCAUUGUAUAGGUGGGAACGCAGUAAUGGCAAACGAGCACAUCACGAGUGUAAUGCUUCAAGCCAAGCAUCUUAUUCUAAUGGACCUCUCAGCACAAACCUGUUGACAAUACCAAAACAAAGAUCAUCUUCAGUGACUUUGGCUCACAGUAUUGGAUCAAGACGAGCUGGAACUUCCCAGAAUCUAAUUCCGGUGACUUCUCCUAGUAGUGGAUUUCUCUUUGGUGGAUACCACAGGUCACCUGUAGAAUUUCCUGACACUGCUGAUUUCCUUACUAAGCCAAGUGUUAAUAUGCAUAAAUCUCUGGGAUGCACCUUUAGUACUUCAGAUUUUCAGCAACAAUUUAAAACAUCUUCACAUUAUACAUGUAGCAGUUGUGGACGACAAAUAUUCAAGACCGUUGCAGCCUCGUUAUCUGAAUCCGUAACAGAAUAUCAAAACCACAGAUCAGGUGAAGAUGGAAAUAGUGAUGUUUCAAAAGACUCAGCCCACUUUAUAGAAAAACAACAAGUUGAAAGAGGAGAAACAAAAAAUCACAAUCAUCAAACAGAUCAAACUGAGAGUAAUCAACUGGAGAUAGAGAAUGAUUAUUCAUUAGACUUGAUGGCAAUAGAAGACUAUGAUUCAUUAAUAGAGAAAAUGAACAACUGGAAUUUCCAAAUAUUUGAUCUUGUGCAAAGAAUGGGAGAUAAAUCUAGAAGAAUCCUUAGUCAGGUUGCAUUCACAUUGUUUCAAGACACUGGUUUAUUUGAAAUUUUCAAAAUUCCAACUCAGCAAUUCAUGAACUACUUUCAAGCAUUAGAAAAUGGUUACCGAGACAUUCCCUACCACAACCGAAUACAUGCAACAGAUGUUCUUCAUGCUGUGUGGUAUCUAACAACAAGACCAAUUCCUGGAUUUCAGCAAAUACACGGUGGUUCUUUGACAGGAACUGACAUUGAGGAUCCAUUGAGCCAAGGAAUUACAAAAGGACUAGCUUGCAUUUGCCUAUCCCAUGGCACAGGUGAUUGUCUAAGCCAGAUGUCGCAUUAUUUCUUGGCUGCUUGGAACCCUGCCUUCAAAUUCAGGCAUGCGCAAAAUAUGCAACACAGAGAUACAGAAAAUGGUAUUUCAGCUGGCCAAGUUUCAUAUAUUUCCUCCAAGAGCUGUAAUGUUUUUGAUGAAAACUAUGGAUGUUUAGCUUCAAACAUUCCAGCCUUAGAAUUAAUGGCUUUAUAUGUAGCGGCAGCUAUGCAUGAUUAUGACCACCCCGGUCGUACAAAUGCCUUUUUGGUAGCCACAAACGCUCCUCAGGCUGUGCUGUAUAAUGACAGAUCAGUUCUGGAAAAUCAUCAUGCAGCUUCUGCUUGGAGUCUCUUCUUAUCUCAACCAGAAUACAACUUUCUUCCUGAUCUUGAUCAUGUACAAUUCAAACGAUUUCGAUUUUUAGUGAUUGAAGCAAUCCUUGCUACAGAUCUCAAGAAACAUUUUGAUUUCCUUGCUGAAUUUAAUGCCAAGAUUAAUGAUGUAAACGGUCAUGGUAUUGAGUGGAGCAGUGAGAGUGAUCGCCUAUUGGUGUGUCAGAUAUGCAUCAAGCUGGGAGAUAUCAAUGGUCCAGCAAAAGUUAGAGAUCUGCACUUGAAAUGGACAGAGGGCAUUAUCAAUGAGUUUUAUGAACAGGGCGAUGAAGAGGCAAGUUUGGGAUUACCUAUAAGCCCUUUUAUGGACCGGCAUUCUCCUCAGCUUGCAAAAUUACAAGAAUCUUUUAUUACUCAUAUUGUUGGUCCUCUCUGUAAUUCCUAUGAUGCAGCUGGGUUGCUUCCAGGACAGUGGGUUGAUGAAAAAGAUGAUAAUGAAAGUUUUGAAGAUUAUGAUGCAGAAGAGUUGGAUAGUGAAGAGGAUGAAAUGGAUGACUUUGGCACAAAACUGCAGAGAAGAAGAAGACAGCAGAUAUUUUGUCAGCUAAUAUACCAUUUGAAUGAAAAUCAUAAAGUAUGGAAGAAACUAAUUGAAGAAGAAGAACUAAAUAAAUCUGAAGAUAGUAAAAAGACAGAGAAUACAUCUUUAUGUCAAACAGAUGAGAUUCAAGUUAUUGAGGAAGCUGAUGAAGAAGAGGAACAUCAUCAGGGAGAAGAGAAAACAUUUUAAGAAGAAUUUAGAAAGAUAUACACAAUUAAUCCAUGAAGCAUAUACUCUUCAGACUGAUAUAGUUGACAGAACUAUGAAAGAUCUGAAUACUGUGAAAAGACAUCUGCUUCACUAGCAGUAUCCCUCUCCUGUGCACUUUCACCUCAAGGAAUUAGAAACUUUAUUCAGAGGUUUAUUGAAUAUUGUAUUCCAUGAUUCAAGGAUGUUCUACCCAACUUGGUAUUCAAAUACCUUGUUCUGAUGGCUUGCUGAAAAUAGCUGCUUAUUAUGAAAAUGAGAUUUUGAAAAAACAGCAGCUUCAGUUACCAAAGUCACCAAAAUAUGUUGCUUCUAAGAGCUUUUUAUUACAUAUAUACACACAUAGAGUGGGCCCUUGGUAUCCCCUGAGGUUUCGUUCCAAGACCACUCGCAUCCCUCUGGAUACCAAAAUCCAUGAAUGUUCUAGUCCUGUUAUACACAAUGCCCUAGUAAAAUGGUGCCCCUUAUACUAAAUGGCAAAAUCAAGACUUGUUUUUUGGAAUUUUGGGAGGUAAUGUUUUCAAGCCAUAGAUGGUGGAAUCUGGAUGCAGAGGGCUGACUGUAUGUAUGUAUGUAUGUAUGUAUGUUUUGGAAUGUGUAUUUUAUUUUUAAUGUGAAUCUAAAAAUCACUGUGCCUAUAGGUAUGAAUGUUAGAAUUCACAACAAUUUCAUUUACAAUAGUUUUCUUAAUAGCUAUUUUGAGCUGAUUUAACCAUUUGAUGACUGCAACCAGAAAAGCUAAUUUCUGAGUUUUGUGGUUAAAAUUGAAUCCCAUAUGCAUCAGUUUGAUGCUUUUUACUGUGGUGCAUAACCUGCCAUUUUAUUUUUCUGAAAAUGUUCAGGUUUGCAGUGAGUAUCCAGGCUAGUUUGCUAAAAAUACACCAGUUGCCUUUUUCUUACUGUUCUGUAAUAGGACAUAAAAGCUGUUUCACUGUUUAAAUAAUUAAGGGAUUUUAUUCUUUUAACCAAUUAUAGGUAUGUUCCACUCUUGCUCAGGUUUCAUGUUCAGAAAUAUGACACAACAGAUUUUAUAUUUACAAUCUUGUGCUAAUGCUAGAUGUUCAUUUUAAAGUAUACCACCUUUCUCUUUCUUUAUAUGUAAACUUUAGUAGAAUUAAAGGAUUGUUUUCUAUAAA